CCGCCCAACUAAAGAAAUCACAGCCAAAAUCUCCAACAAUGGCAAACGUGACCGUACUCUGCACUCCUAAACCCAUAUUCAAACAGAUUCAUACUAUUCCAACUCUUCGUCACCCCGAAAUUCCUCAGAAAACCAGGCCACGGACCCGAAAGCUGUCAACAGAGGGCUUAAUUUUGAACCCGAAACCAACGAUUGGCAUUGUCGGGUCAGCUCUGGCCUUGGCUCUUGCGGCUUCGGCUUCGGCCUCCGAGUUGCCGCCGUUGUUGCUGGGCACUUCUUUGCAGCUCAGUGAACCCGCCAAUGCCUUGUCUCUGCCCACUUGGGCCAUACACGUCUCCAGUGUUGUUGAAUGGAUAACAGCAAUGGCUUUGGUGUGGGAAUAUGGAGAGAAAUCUGGGUUUGAAUCAUGGAAGGGUCUCUCUUGGGGUAUGGUACCUUUACUUGGUGGAGCAUUUUGUGCAUGUACAUGGCAUUUCUUUUACAAUUCCGAAUCUCUUGAGGUAUUGGUUGCUCUCCAGGCUGCGUUGACAGUAAUAGGUAACGCCACUAUGUGUUUAGCUGCAUUUCGUAUCUGCAAAUCGUCAGAUAAAAGUUCCCAGAAACAAUGAAGUUUCCACUCCUAUAAUCCACUGAAUGUGCCCAAAGGAAUAUUCAACAUUGCACUGCUGUGUGUUAUCCUUCUAUUGGAAAGCUCAAUUAGGCCAAGUUCCACUUGAUAGCUACAACAAUAGACCUUUCGCAGAAAAGAGAUAGAAAGAUGGAAGUUUCCCCAUUGGUGACAAAAUCAGAUUUCACAAGGGAAAAAGUAAACAUUACACUAUCUAAAUGUUAGGCAUUUUCCUCUCAUGCUUCUCUGGGAAUGGCUAUAAACAGCCUGAGAAUAAAAUGUUAUCACUGUAUCUAUUAUGAAAAACCUCUCCCUUGUUGCA